AUGCACCUUCAAGGAGUAGCAGAUGCAAUUACGUGUAGGACCUUCCCUACAACACUAAAGGGUGCGGCAAGACUUUGGUUCAGCCGGCUGGCACCCAACUCCAUCAGCACCUUCAAGGAGCUAAGCGCUCAAUUUACUGCGCAUUUUAUCGGUGGACAUCAGUACAAGAAGUCUACGGCUUGCUUAAUGAGUAUCAAGCAGCAAGAGGAGGAAACGUUGAGGGCCUACAUAUCUCGCUUCAAUAAGGAGGCACUCUCGAUUGACGAAGCCGAUGAUAAGAUACUUGUAGCAGCAUUCAUGAAUGGGUUGAAGGAGGGUAAGUUUUUGUUCUCCUUGUACAAAAAUGACUCGAAGACCAUGUCAGAAGUGCUUUACAGGGCCACCAAGUAUAUAAACGCCAAAGACGCGCUAUUGGCCCGAGAAGACAGACCCAAGAAAAGAGAAAGGCAAGAAGACAUCCAGCAAGACCAAGGUCGAAAGAAAGUAAGGACAGGAAACUGA